AUGGGACGCUCUAGACCUGUGAAGGAAUCUUCUACUAAAACAAAUCCAUCAACAACCAUUGAGACUGCAUCAAAAUUGGAAAAACUCCAAAAAAGUAUAGAAGAACUUCAAAAAGAUCUAUUGUCUGAAAUGCAUGUCUUAAUAAAAUCAAAUUUAACCUCCACUGCAGUGGCCACAAGAUAUUUGGACAAAUUUCCUCUUAAAUCUAAAUCGGAAAUGGACGAUAUAGAACUAGAAAUUUCUGAUGAAAAUAUGGAAGCUAUGACUCACACAAUUAAAAAAAUAGUGGGAAGAAAUGGUAUUAAGAAAAUGCUAACAGCCAUUUUUGAUAAACAUCUGCUACUACGCUUGUAUUUAUAA